UGUAGGAUUCGUUCCCGUGGAAGACUCGCUUGGACCCUGGAGGACUUGGGAAGUCGGUAGCAACUGGAAUACCUGUCUUCCAGGUCUAGACUCUUUCCCAGUCGAACAGAGCUGGGUUUAUCAUACCUACCCCCUAGUGAACAACUAGCUGAAAACAGCCGCUCUCGUCAGAUAUAUUAUAUGAAGUGUUAGCUGGUGUCAGUAUGUCUUUAAUUCAAUGAUAAGCCAGUGAUGCUACCCUUCUCGAAUCCAUCUACCUCCGCUUCUCCUAUUACUUGCAUUCCAGUUUCUAUCUCGUUGAGCAACCUGUUCCUAAUAUUCCUCGCUGUCAGCAACAGAGCACUUGCAGGUGGUGGUAGAGCUUGACCUUGGUCCGCAUUGAGGCUGCAGACGCAUAACUACUCUUCGUUGCAUUCGUACCUCAGACAUCAUCUCGACCCCUUUCACAAUGUCGAUCUCGGACGGCAGGGUGACCGACAUAGAGAAGCAGGCGACCAUCUCGCCCCGCGAGCAGAUUAGUAUGCCUUAUGUGCCUCGAGCCUUUGCCAACCCGGCACCACUAGGACUUCUUUCCUUCGCCACGAGUAUUUGGAUGAUUUCUCUCCUCGGUCUUGAACCACGUGGUUUGAAAGUACCUAAUAUCAUACUCCCCAAUUUGGUAUUCUUCGGGGGGGCCGCCCAGUUUAUUGCUGGAAUCAUGGAGUUCGUCGCCGGAAAUACCCUGGGAGCUACCUUGUUUACUUCAUACGCUGCCUUCAACCUUGCCUACGCCCUGAUUUUCCUCCCCGGGAGCGGCAUUAUGGCGGCCUACUCUGAUCCUAGCACAGGCAAACUCUUAGCCGAGUUUGACCAAGCUAUAGCCAUGUUUGUUUGGGCUUGGUUUAUCAUUAGUAUGAUAUUUACCGUGGCCACCGUCCGAAGCUCGUGGGCAUUGUUUGGAGCUCUCAUCUUCGUCGACUUUACCUUGAUACUCUUGGCUGUCGGAUACAUGUUAGAUCAAGAAGCGUGCCUAAAGGCUGCUAGCGCGACUGGGUUUGUUACAGCGGCUUUGGCUUAUUGGGCAGGCACUGCGGGUUUAUGGGGCGAUGGUAUAACUCCUUUCAACCUUCCGGUCGGGUCGUUGAAGAGAGAGUAGCGUUG